AUGAAAAGAUCAAAUGGAAUGUAUAUUGUAAUUGAAAUGCCAAGACUUGCUAAAAGACAAAAACAUCGGAAUAAUUUUUCAACAGGAAAUCCAGAAGACUAUUUUAGAGUAACUCUUUUUAUUUCAUUCAUUGAUUCUAUAAUACAACAAUUGAAUGACCGUUUCAAUAAUCACAAAGAAAUAAUUUCUGGUUUUGAAGUAUUGAUAAAUCCAUGUGCUAAAAGUAAUCUACAAAAUCUUGUAAAAUUUUAUCAAGAAGAUGUUGAAAGUUAUGAAAAAGUUGUAUUAGAAGUUGAAUUAUGGCACAGAUAUUUAAAUAUAAAUAAUAUGAAACCUCAGAAUGCAAUGGACGCUUUACUAAAAUGUAAUCAGGACUUCUAUUCAAAUAUUUAUAACUUAUUGCACAUCCUAGUUGUACUCCCUGUUACAUCACGUGAGUCAGAGAGAUCAUUUCCUUCAUUGAAGAGAAUUAAAACAUAUUUGAGGAACACAACUUCUGCAACCAGAUUAAAUGGUUUAGCGGUUCUCAGCAUAUACAGACAUGUUUCUGUUACAGAAGAUGAAGUCAUUGACAUAUUAUCGUCUACAAAGCUCCGUUUAAAUUAUUCUUUGUAAAUCAUCUUACAAUUUGUACUUACUUUGAAUAUAAUAUAAAGGUCUUUGAUUUAAUUUAAUUAUUUGGGUAUCAAAAAUAAAAUACUAGUCUUUGGUGAGCAAAAAAAAAGGUCAUCACCAAAAAAAAAUUAGACCCCCCCCAUGGAAAAUUCCUGGCUACGCCACUGGUGAUCAUAUAUAUUGUUGUAGUCCUAAUUUGUUCUAUAUAUUUGUCAGUCAUUUUUAGAAUAAUUCUUUUUUUAGUGAAAUUAAUACACUUCUUAGGUGAUUUUCA